AUGGGACAGAUCGAGUGGGCCAUGUGGGCCAACGAGCAGGCGCUGGCGUCUGGCCUGAUCCUCAUGACAGGGGGCAUCGUGGCCACGGCCGGCCAGUUCACGCAGUGGUACCUGGGCACCUACUCCAUUGCGGCGGGCGUGUUGGUCUGCCUGCUGGAGUACCCCCGCGGGCGGAGGACCAAGGGCUCCACCAUGGAGCGCUGUGGACGCGUCUGCCUCCCUCCCUCUGCCCAGCGGACAAAGUACAUGACCAAAGUGGUGAAGGCGUUCGGGCCCCUCUCCAGGAACUACUACAUCCGGGCCUUCCUGCACCUCGGGCUGUCGGUACCUGCUGGCUUCCUGCUGGCCACCAUCCUGGGCACAGCCUGCUUGGCCAUCGCAAGCGGCAUCUACCUGCUGGCAGCCAUCCGUGGGGAACAGUGGACCCCCAUCGAGCCCAAGCCUAAGGAGCGGCCACAGGUGGGUGGCACCAUCAAGCAGCCGCCCAGCAACCCCCCACCCCGGCCCCCAGCCGAGGCCCGCAAGAAGCCAGGCGAGGAGGCAGUGGCAGGGGUCCCUACGGGGGGCCCCCAGGAAAACCCCAUGCCAGUGACCGACGAGGUUGUGUGACCAGGGCCUCUAGCGGCUCCCCACCCUGCUGAAGCUUCAAGGGCUCUUUCUGCAGGAGGGCGGCAUGUGUGGGAGGCCCCCGGCCCUGGGGCACCCCUUUCCUGCAGUCCCCUUUCGGGUUGACUGGUAGCCGUGCUGUCAUCUUUCUAGGGGGCCUUGGGGUCUUGGUGAAUCAGCUGUUUCAUGAAAUAUGUAUCUGGAA